AUGCCCGUGCCCGAGGCUGCCCCGGAGAGAGAGCCAGUUAUCGGAAUGGAAGAUCCACUUGCCUCCGAAGUGCCUGAGAAUACAAAUACAGAGGCAGAGGCUCCGGCGUCUGCCCCGGUGCCGGGUGGAACGCGGAAAGUGUCGCGACCCGUGCAGCCCCCUCAGAAAGGAACGACUCUUUUCCCCCUUGCACGCGUAUCAAAGAUCAUCAAGGCGGACAGUGCCGUGGAUAUUUGCAGCAAGGAAGCGACCUUUUUGAUCAGUGCGGCUACCGUAGGUACAUGGUUCUUAUGGCAGGAAUUGUUUGUCAAGAAGUUUGCCGAAGAGGGAUGUACAAAUGCUCGGCUCGAUAAGCGCAAGAUGGUGCGUUACGACGAUAUGGGUGAGUACGGAAAGGCGCUGACGUGUCUAGCCAAAGCCGUGGCCCAGAAUGAAUAUUUAGAUUUCCUACGGGAGAUUGUGCCUGCAGCAGUGCCUCUUUCCGUGGCGAUGAAACAACGGGAAGAGCGCAUGCAUGCGGACGUGGCUCAGGACCAGGGGGGCGGUGCUGAGCCCGAGGACGCGGAGGACGAGGAUGCAGCUGUGGACGAGUCGAUGGCGGAAGAACCUGUGGCAGAUGUGAGCGCAGCCGAAUGGCAGGCUGUGGAUGAGAACGAUGUGGGCCUCGCUGACGAUGCCGAUGUACUCGCAGAGAGCCACGAGAUGGACGGGUCUGUGGCCGAGCCAUAG